AUGAAUUCUUCAACAUCGUUGCUUUUCAUUUUUGCCACUAUUAUCGUUGCUCUGGCCAUAGUUGACGCUCAAUGCACUUCCACAGCUGAAUACUGCUGGAGUUGUAGUAAUUCUACUACUAAUGCCAACACCACCUACAAACAAAACCUCAACACACUUCUAGCCUCUUUGUCUUCCAACAACCAAACCGACUACGGGUUCCUCAAUUUGUCUCUGGGAACUGGCACCAACAAAGUGAAUGUAAUUGCAUUCUGUAGAGGAGACCUUGCCCAAGACCAGUGUCGUAGUUGUUACGGUGAAGCUAACAUCAUUCUCUCGCAAAAGUGCUCUAAUCAUUACCAAGCAAUCAUAUGGGCCCUGGGUUGCACUGUUCGAUACUCGAUAAUCAUCACCAUGUUUGGAAUCGAAGAAGACAAGCCCGUUCGGUUGUUAGCGAGCCCUAACAGUGCGUCAAACCCUGAAUAUUUCAAGCUGGUGCUUAAUCCCUUGUUGGAAACUUUGACCCAAAAUGCAUCAUCAGGGGAUUCGAUGAAGAAAUUUGCAGCAGGACAUGCGUUUGUCCCUGCAGGAAGUGAAACAAAUCAAACCAUAUUUGCAACUACUCAGUGCAGUCCUGAUCUGGACGAGCAAAACUGCAGUGAGUGCCUUGAAGAUUCUAUUAAGGAUAUUCCUACAUGUUGUGAAGGAACGAAUGGAGGGAGGGUUCUUAAACCUAGCUGUACUUUGAGGUAUGAAAAAGGAAUUUUCUACGAUCCUUCAGCUGAUUCGCUAAUAAAUAUUUCUAUAGCCACUCCGCCCCCUACAGCCACUCCAUCACCUACAGCAACAAAAGGUAUUGGUGAUUUUUCCUUUGCUAAUUUACUUUUUCGAACAUCCAAAAAUGACACACAAUUCUAG